AUGCUUUGGUCCCGACUUCCACGACGCGUACCCCCACGGUUGAGCCGGGCCUUCCAGGACUUUGGCAACUACUCUGUAAUACUACCUCAGGAGCCCUUCGUCUACGGCGUAGGCCAUAUUACGCAGCGGAGUGUACCAACCCACAUCCUCAGACCGGAUUACGCUGGUGGCCGGCCAACAACUAAUGCAGAUGUAGAUGGGAAAGUCUUCCUCGGGGGUGACGCAGAGAGGCGUUUGAGAGCUGCGGCAAAGCUCGCGCGCGAAGUACGCGUGUUUGCUGGGUCUCUGGUCAAGCCUGGCAUUACUACCAACGAGAUCGACGAAGCCGUCCAUAACCGCAUCAUCGAGAGCUCUGCAUACCCGUCACCCCUCAGAUACUCCGGGUUCCCUCGUUCUUGCUGUACGAGCGUGAACAAUAUCAUCACGCAUGGAAUCCCAGACGAUCGUCCGCUGGAAAACGGCGACAUUGUGUGCGUCGAUAUAACGGUCUAUCUCAAUGGCUACCACGGCGACACUGCAGAAACAUUUUUCGUCGGUGAUGUAGAUACUGCAGGCCGUGAAACGGUUAGCAUGGCCAAUCAAGCCGUUGAGGCUGGAAUUUCCGCGUGCGGCCCUGGCCGGCCCUUUCGGGAUAUAGGCAGAGCAAUUCACGAUGUUCUGCGUAACACCAACUUCUCCGCGUCCCCGAUGUUCUCCGGUCAUGGUAUCGGCUCGGAAUUCCAUCGCAAGCCAUGGAUAUUCCAUAUUGUCAACGAGGAAGUCGAACGUAUGGAACCUGGCCACUGUUUUACGAUAGAACCCUGCAUAAUCCAAGGCAAGCAGCCGACAUGCUGGAUUUUCCCGGAUGGUUGGACUGCAUCAACAGAGGAUUGCGCACGCAGCGCCCAAACAGAGCAUAUGGUCUUGAUAACGGAGAAUGGCGUCGAGGUCCUAACAAGAUGA